CAAAGAAGCCAUAGAUCAGCUUGUUUCACUUAAUCCAAAUAUCCAUAUAGAGAAUUUCGAGGAAACUUUAACACCUCCCGAUCUCAUUGGAGCAGUUAUAAAUCAUCUUACACGGAAUAAUGUUGCUAGUAGACAGACUCUAGCUUAG